AUGGAGCAAAUUAGGGCGCAUGCGUCUUAGGGAGGUUUGCCCCCACCCAUCCAGGCUGCCACCACAGGAGAAGAAAGGGGCAGGUGUGACAGCAGGAGGCAGGGCAAAUGGAUGGAUCUCUCGGUCGGUCCCUUAGUUACAGUAACCAUCUUACGCACUGUGCUUCUAGGUGAUCAAAGACGACCUGCUGAUGUCAGUUAGAACAGGUAUUUUCUAGCAGUCAAGCGAAACGCCAUGUCUACUUUUUCUCAUCGCACUUCGGAGUAUUUCAGGCUAGCUUGCUGACUGGGACACCCUGAUCUGACGUUAAUGUAACUGACCGUGGAUCUGUCCAAAGUCUCCACUGCCUGCGCGGCAGGCUGUUUGACACAUCAAGCAUCCUCCACAGAGAAUCUCUCUGACCAAGUCGUCCAGCACUGCCAGUGGUCAGACUCCCCAGAGACCCAGACUGCAGACGGACACGCGCUUGCGUAGUGCGGACGGACGGCGGCGAGGACUAGUCGGGGCCAGAUCUCUGGAGACGUCUGCCGGCUCUACAGCCGCUGGCGCGGUUGCUGAUCUCCCAGCCGCUCAGUCUCCCCGCUUCCACAAAAGACAUUCAUUAAAAUGGCCUGUGUAUGAUGAGCGUGGGCGGGGCUAUGGCCAGCGAACCCCUGGAAGGCUUCCACGAGGUGAACUUGGCCUCUCCCACCACGCCGGACCUCCACGGCCUGGCUGACCAGCGCUCCUCCAGAGGCGGCACACCGGCCGGCGCCAACACCAACACCACCACCGGCACUCCCCCCACGGCCAUCUACCGCACACACUCGCUCUCGGCGCGCCCCAACGCCCUGCGCGCCGACCAGCUGCCCACGCAGCCCGUCUACUCUACCCCGCGCCACCUGGGCACGCACCUGGUCAACGAGCAGCCGCACAAUGGCAGUGUUCCCGGUCUGGACGCUGCCACGUCUGAGGCGGAGCCUGCCGAGGAGGGGGAGGAGCCUCUGAGCCUGAGCACCGACAGCCUAUCACGGCUCAGGAGCCCCUCCGUCAUGGAGGUCCGAGAGAAAGGGUAUGAGAGGUUGAAGGAGGAGCUUGCCAAAGCACAGAGGGAGCUUAAGUUAAAAGACGAAGAAUGUGAAAGGCUAUCUAAAGUCAGGGACCAGCUGGGGCAGGAACUGGAGGAGCUCACAGCGAGUCUGUUUGAGGAGGCCCAUAAGAUGGUGCGAGAGGCCAACGUGAAGCAGGCCGCCGCUGAGAAGCAGCUGAAGGAAGCUCUCGGCAAGAUUGACGUCCUGCAGGCGGAGGUGGCGGCGCUGAAGACCCUGGUCCUCUCCACCUCGCCCACUUCGCCCAGCAAGGAGCUGCCGCCCGGCGGCCCCAAGGCCCCCUUCAAGAAGGGCCACGCCCGCAACAAGAGCACCAGCAGCGCCAUGCUGGGCAGCCAGCAGGAGCUCGGAGCGCCCCAGCCUAUCGUGCGCGAGUGCAAAGAGGUGGACUCACUCCUGUUCAGUGAGUUUAAGGCAUGGAAAGAGGAGCCCAGCCUGGAGAGGAGCUGCUCCUUCCUGGAGCGCAUUUACAGAGAGGACAUCUACCCCUGCCUCACCUUCUCCAAAAGCGAGCUGGGGUCAGCUAUCCUGGAGGCGGUGGAGAGGAACACUCUGAGUGUGGAGCCUGUGGGCUUCCAGCCGCUGCCCGUAGUCAAGGCCUCUGCUGUGGAGUGUGGGGGACCAAAUGGCUGGAGGUCUGAAAUAGUCACAAAAUGUGCCCUCAGCGGCCAGACCAAAACCUGCAAGCACAGAAUCAAGUUUGGCGACUCCAGCAACUACUACUACGUGUCUCCAUUCUGCCGUUACCGGAUCACAUCCGUCUGCAACUUCUUCACCUACAUCCGCUACAUCCAACAAGGCCUGGUCAAGCAGCAAGAUGCUGAGCAGAUGUUUUGGGAGGUCAUGCAGCUGCGCAAGGAGAUGUCAUAUGCCAAGCUGGGCUACUACAAAGACGACCUCUGAGCUUAAAAAGCCACCAACCAACGGUCCCCAUCUUGUGAUGGACGGCAGCACUCUCCAAUCAUCUUGCGAGAAGGCCUCAGAGGGACCGCCCACCCUGCCCUCAUGUCCCCCUUGCUUCUCAGUUCUCUGUCUGCCUCACCCAUCCCAAGGACACACACCCCUGGCAUCUGAGUGUGUGUGUUUGUGUGUGAGUGUAUGCAGUGUGUCCACCUAUCCUUGCGACCAUCAGUUGAGACAGCCCAACUAAGGACAAAAUACUGAAUAUGCUGCUGAAUUGUCUCCUAUUCCAUUACGUGUAAUACUUUGCUAAAUGCAAUGAAGUAAUGUUUCUUUGUUCUGGUUCUGUUUUUUUUUUUUUUUUUUUGAGGGAAAGAAUAUGAACAGAAGUUUUUGCUCUUUUUGGAUAUGCAUUCAUUCUUUGUCCUCGCAAGUACUUUUAUGAAGCCUGUACAAUCUUAUAAAUGUGAAGUUUUAGAUAUUUGUCAGAUAAAAUCCUCUAUCUGGAGUCUAUUUUCCCCUCAAAGUUCUGAGCCCUCUGUAACAAUAGCUAGUUGUGUGACAUUGUGGUGGUGUUCUGUUAGUGUGUGUCUGAGUGUGUGUAGAUAUGGUGUGUGUGUGUGUGUGUGUGUGUGUGUGUGUGUGUGUGUGUGUGUGUGUGUGUGUGUGAGUGUUUCCAGUAUCUCCCAAAUGUUCCCCUUUCUGUCCUCUGUUCCACACUCCUGGUUUCAUCAAGCUUUUUCACUUUAUUUUAGUGCCUUUCUGGAACACUCUGAAUAAAUAAAAAGAAAAUUGUAUACCUCUGGAA